UCUCUCAGCCGUUCCAUCUUCCUAAACAUGUUAGGGUUUUUUACAUUGCAGUCGCCCUAUUCUUCUCCGUCUUCAAUCUUCGAUCUUCAUCUAAAUGGUACACUCGAAACCCUAGCGCCUCCCUCACAUUUUCUACAGAUCCAUCUGUUGGAAUGGAAGAGUUUCACAGUCACGAAACCCUAGCCAUCAUCAUCUUCCCUGUUUUGAUUUAAGAAGAAAACCCGUACACGAUUUUGAUUUUUCAUUCAUAUUAUCUGACGAUUCUUUUCCCAUCAGCAGCAACUCUCACUACCACCACCGCACUCCAUCCUACCGUCGCAUCACCACCGUCUCCUCUCACAACUCCGUCAACGAAGCACCGUCCAAAUACCUGCGCUCGUCUUCAUUGUCAUUCAGGGACGUAGGGCGUUGCUGGUAGCUAAAGAUAAAAAUCCAAAGAUUUCCAAAGCAUAUUCAAAGACCAUCCAAAUCAAAGCCGAAUCUUCUCCACUUCUCUCAUAUCAAUCAUUGUUGCAAAUGCUCAACAACGAUUCUUGCAUAUCAUCAAGAACUAUCCACAUAAUCAAAGUUAAGCACUUCAAUUUCUUAUUUGUCGUUAAGACUGUCGGUUUUUAAUAAUGAUUUUGAACGUCGUUUUUUAUUGUUAUGCUAAUGUCGAUUUUGAAGAACAAUACCAAAUAUCGAAGAAAUCAAAGGUAUGUUUAUCGUUUUGUCAUCUCUUUUUUUUGUUCGACUAUGGGCAAGAUCAAGUACUUCGAAAAGUAUUUUGAUGAUACAUUUGAUCACAGGUAGUAGUUUUUCAUUUUUUUCUUUAUUAAUAUUCGUUUGAUAGUUGUUUUUUGCCUGUAAUCAAUCUGUGUAGAUUAUGUUUUCCGAAUAAUUCGAUUCACUAUUUGGGAUAUGUAUGCUUCACAUUUUGAAAGCAAUAUAUGAACACUAGGGUUGAACGAAUCAAGCUAUGAAUGUUCUUCGCUGCUUUAAUACUGAUCUUGUGUAUCUGUUGUCUAGGUAGAAUUUUAGGAACAUGAUGUCAGCAAAAGGUUCGAAAAUGCUACGUAAUUUUAGUUACACUCACGACUAUCGCCUUUUUUUGCCGAUAAGUCUUCUUUACCACCAUCACCACCUGAUGAUUUUCGCUGCGGUUUUAGAUAAUUAUGGAUGUUUGUGAGCCCUAAUUUGGAUGCAAUUAAGUAAAACGGUGGCUGGCGGUUAAUGUGUUAGUUUUUUUAUUGUUUCUGUUUCAGAUAAAUGGCGUCUUCUGCGGAUUCGUGGAUGAGGGAGUAUAAUUAAGCGUCUAAACUUGCUAAUGACAUUACUGGUAUGAUAUCAGAGAGGAGUUCGUUUGUAGCAGGGUCGGAAGCUCAGCGUCAUUCGUCUGCAAUUCGGAGGAAGAUUGCGAUAUUGGGAACUAGACUUGAUAGUUUGCAGUCUCUUCUGACAAAGCUUCCUGCAAAACAGCCUCUAACGGGGAAAGAAAUGAACAGACGCAGACAUAUGCUUGCAAAUUUGAGAACAAAAGUAACACAGAUGGCGUCCAUGUUGAACAUGUCAAGCUUUCGUAAUAGGGACAACUUGCUUGGGCCAGGUACUAAAUAUCUGGGUUGGUGGCUGAUGAUGGGAGAUUAUGGCGCCGGAAUUUCAGGUCGAUGGUGAUGGUGGUGCCCUUCACCAUUAAUCAGUAUGGUAUUGAAUAUAGGAGACUUGAUGGCUCAAUGUCUUCAUCUGCAAGGGAUAGUGCUGUUAAAGAUUUCAACACUGAUCCUGAGGUACCUGUUGUGCUGAUGUCGCUGAAAGCUGGGAAUCUUGGUUUGAACACGGUAUCUGCAUCUCAUGUUAUUCUUUACGAUCUGUGUUUGAAUCUAACUACUGAAGAUAAAGCCAUUGACCAAGCUCAUAGAAUCGGUCAAACUCGACCUGUUACAGUGUCCAGACUCAUUGUUAAGAACACAGUUGAAGACAUAAUUCUUGCUCUCCAGGAUAAAAAGAGAAAAAUGGCUGCUUUGGCUUUCGGUGAAGAUCAAAGUGGAACUUCAACUGCUCAUUUAACCAAUGAAGAUCUAAGAUUUUUGUUCAUGGGGGCACGUUAAAACUUUCCAUUAGUCAGGUUGUAUUGUUGGGCAUUUUGUUGAGAUAAAAUGCGAAGCCCUUCAAAUAGUUGUAAUUUACUAGGCUUUUUUGGAUACCCAGGUUUGAAAGGAGGAAUGUUAUUACCUUUUAAAAUGCAUCUUUUCAUAUAUGGUUUUAACUUAAAUUUUGGUUUUAUUUUGACCA